AUGUCAGAUGAAGUAGAUAACACCUUAAUGAUCAUAGCAGCUGGAGAGUUUUCAGUGGGGAUCUUAGGAAAUGCAUUCAUUGGAUUGGUAAACUGCAUGGACUGGAUGAAGAACAGGAAGAUUGCCUCCGUUGAUUUAAUUCUCACCAGUCUGGCCAUAUCCAGAAUUUGUCUAUUGUGUAUAAUAAUUUUCGACUCUUUUACAUUGGUGCUGUAUCCAGAUGUCUAUUCCACCGGUCAACAAAUGAGAAUCCUUGACUUCUUCUGGACACUGACCAACCAUUUAAAUGUCUGGUUUGCCGCCUGCCUCAGUAUUUUCUAUUUCCUCAAGAUAGCUAAUUUCUUCCAUCCUUUUUUCCUCUGGAUGAAGUGGAGAAUUGACAGGGUGAUUCCUAGGAUCCUGCUGGUGUGCUUGGUCCUCUCUGUGGUUAUUAGCCUUCCCGUCACUGAGAAUUGGAAUGACGAUUUCAGGCGUUGUAUCAAGGUAAAGAGGAAAACAAACUUAACUUUGAGAUGCAGAGAAAAUAAAGAUCAAUAUGUUUCCAUCAAGGUAUGUCUCAACCUAUUAACGCUAGUCCCCCUUUCUGUGUCCUUGAUCUCAUUUUUCCUCUUGAUCCUCUCCCUGUGGAGACACACCAGGCAGAUGCAGCUCAGUGCCACAGGGUUCAGAGAUGCCAGCAUAGAAGCCCACAUGGGAGCCAUGAAAGCUGUCAUCUCCUUCCUCCUGCUUUUCCUUGCCUACUAUUUGUCCUUUCUCGUAGUCACCUUCAGCUACUUUAUACCGAAGUCUGAUUUAGCUGUGAUAGUUAGUGAGUUGAUAGCUCUAAUCUAUCCCUCAAGCCAUUCAUUUAUCCUAAUUCUGGGGAACACUAAAUUAAGACAAGCAUUUCUAAGCAUGCUAUGCAAAGUAACAUAUAUCCUGAAAAGAAGACAUUUCUAA